GCCCACCGCGCGCGUCCCGAGCGGCCCGGCCGUGUUUACGAUGCCGGCGGCGCCGCUUUCCUGAGGCGGCGGCGGCGGCGGCGGCUCCCGCUCCCCCCACGCGAGGCCGCGGCGGAGCCCGGGCGGCCUCCGAGUUGAUUAUGGAAGAGGUGCACAAGAGCAGCAGUAACAGUUCAGUGACGGCUUCACAAACAUCAGCUGUUCAAGGUACAACACUACAGGCAGCUCAGCUCUCUCAUAUUGCUCAACAGAUGUCUCUAAGAGGUCCCGCCCCACUGACCGUUGUCCAGCUUCCUGGAGAACAAGUCCAAGUCCAGGGAGUCAUUCAGACAGCUCAGUCGUCUUCUGUAAUCCACUCACCCCAGGUGCAAACAGUGCAGGUAUCUUCUUUGUCUGAGAGUGAAGAUUCUCAGGAUUCGUCAGAUAGCAUAGGCUCUUCGCAGAAAGCUCGAGGUAUCUUAGCUCGUCGUCCGUCUUACCGAAAAAUCUUGAAAGAUCUUUCUUCUGAAGAUACACGAGAUAGAAAAGGAGAUGACGAAAGUCCUGGUGUCUCUACUGUUACAUCUAUGUCUGUCCCCACACCGAUCUACCAGACGAGCACUGGACAGUACAUUGCCAUUGCUGCGAAUGGCCUGCAGCUGGCCAGUCCCGGUACGGACGGCGUGCAGGGUCUGCAGACAUUAACGAUGACGAACGCUGGGGGUACGCAGCCUGGGACGACAAUACUGCAAUAUGCACAGACAUCAGAUGGUCAACAGAUACUCGUACCCAGCAACCAGGUGGUAGUGCAGACUGCAUCUGGAGACAUGCAGACUUACCAGAUCCGCACCACGCCAACUACCACAUCCCUUCCUCAGACUGUGGUUAUGACAUCUCCCGUCACUCUGACGUCGCAGACAAGUAAGACGGAUGAUCCGCAGUUGAAACGAGAAAUAAGGCUGAUGAAGAACAGAGAAGCUGCUCGAGAAUGCCGCAGAAAGAAGAAAGAGUAUGUUAAAUGUCUGGAAAAUCGUGUUGCAGUCCUGGAAAAUCAAAACAAAACUCUAAUUGAAGAGCUAAAAACUUUGAAAGAUCUUUACUGUCAUAAAAGUGUGUAAGAAAAGAAGGUAAAACUUUUGUGGACUGUUUAAAUUUCAGAGGAGAAUUUUUUUUUUAUACUGAAUUUUUUAAACUAGAUGAAAGGUCAAAAAUGAAACUUUUCUACCUAGAUUUCACAAUUUAAAGACUAUAUAGAUUUUAUUUACAUGUUGGUGACAAGUACAAAAAGGAACGAGAAAACCUCACCAAAAUUCCUGCUGGCACAACUGGAAACUUCAUUAAAGUCAAGAUUGCAUCUACAAUAAAAGGACGUUCGCAUUUUACCAGACAGGUGAUUAGAAUCUCUUUGAGCUACAAAUACCUUUUGUAAUGGAGGCAAUAUUUGGUUACAAUUAAAAUACGGAUGAAAUGGAAUCCUUGCCAUAGCUGACAUUAUUAGUAACAUUUAUAACUAGUAUAUGGUUUCUUACUGCUUUUUCAAUCCUUACUUUUUCUUUCAGUUAUUUGUAUGUAAAUAUUUUUAUUUUAGCCUGUAAGUUGUUACUUACAGGUAAAGAUGACUUAAAAAAAGAUAAUACUUUUCUAGAAGUAUAAAUUAUGUUUAUUCUUUCUCAGCUGAAAGUUUAAAAGUUUUCUUUUUUAAAUGUUUGCUGUGUUUAUCAGAUUUGGAAAGGUUUUGCAGAAAGCAGAGAGAGGCCUAGUCCUGAAAAUGUCUGAAGCACGUGAAAUAAGGUGUUGACUUUUCUUCAGAGAAUUCAACACAUCCAAUUAUUUUAAACCAUGGUUUGGUAAAACGAGUACUGAUGAAAAAAGUUUCAGGAGAAUGAUUUUAAAGUAGUUUGUUCUUAGUUGCUGGGCAUGAUAAACGUCUAUAAUUGAAAAAAUAAAUUGUGUGCUGAUUAUAUCUACAGUUAUACACGCAUGGCUUACUCUGUUUGGAGAUUCUACUGUGCUUUGGAACAUUUAAACCAAAUAAGAGAAGAACGGUAAAAUUAAAAAAUUGAAGAUAUAUACCAAAGGGUUUAAUGAGGUUCUACCAUAGGGUUUGUACGCUGAAAGUAGUGCAAAAUUUCCAAACUAAUUUUGUAAGGUAGGCAAUAUUUUGCAAAGUAAUGGUAUCUUUGUAAGAAAAUAUUCUAUUAAAAACAGGUAGAUGGUUGGUAUAUUUUGUAGCUAAACUGUGAUCUUUACAAAUUCUGAAAUUGAGUUUAUAUACAUAUUUUGACAGUUUAUAUAUUUCAUUUAGUAAGCAAAAGGAAUAUUUUGUGAACCAGAUUUUCAAUCAUAUAUUUUUAUGGGUAGUACAAAGUCAAAUGAGAUCCUCUUUGGUGUAGGAGAUAUUUGAAUUAAUUUUGUAUGUCUGUAGGCAAUUUGCAACAAAAUGGAUCCUAAAGAGUAUUGGAGGGGGAAAAAAAAAAGAGAUCAGGGCUCCCGCCCCCCCAAACUGGUAAUACCUGCACAUUUGAUCUUAUUGCUAUCAGAGAUUCUAGUUUGUGUCAUUUUGAUUUGUUUUGGGUGAAAAUUAAAUGAUGUUUGACAUGAUCAGGACUCUUGGGUGUAAAUAGAAAAAAAGUGUAUACAGUGCUUAUUGCAUGAAUAAUAAAUACACUAUUUUCCAUAGUUAGGAUUGAAUCCUGCUUCCAGUUAUGUCAGCGGGAAUUGCACUAUGGACUAUGCUAUUAAAAGAUGUUAGAGCUACGUGUGUGUGUUGUGCUAGCUCAGAUCUGAAUGAAAUUAAAAGAUGUACUCACUCCCUAGAUGUGUAUUGUUUAUCAUACGCUCAGUCAGUAUUUUUUAUUUUACUCAUUUUUGAAUUAAUGGGCUUCUUAGCAAGCAGAGCUCUUUGCAAAUGGUAUGAGACUGCAUUCCACAAUCACAUUGUUAGUAGGCUAUGAAAAUAUUUUUGUUUCUGAAGCUUAAUAUAUGAUUGUUAUGGACAUGAUCCACUAUACGUUUCCUUUAGGCCAGACUGAAGUAGACAUUUGUGUUCUUAGUCAUUGCAAAAGAAAGCGCUCUGGUUGCACGGCAAAAGUAACGAGCAAGAUUGAGAAAGUCAUUAUGUUUCGAAACUAUGCUCCAAAAGAGGUGCUCGGUGCCUCCAACUUCUGCUAGAGGGAUUUCAGGAAAAAUGAGCAGCUCUUGGGAGGUGCUCGGCACCUCGGAGAACUGGACCUUCCCACUCCGUCUGCCAUCAGGUGUGUGUACGCUCUUCGGCAUGGGUGUAAGAUGGCAGGGUUUGACCUACAGUACUGAAACUAAUUUGGAAACUCCUCUGUAUGGUGUUUUGAUCCUCAUUGAGUGCUGUUGUUCCUUUACCUUCUUUUGUCAUAUGGAAUAAUAAUUUUAAAAACUAUCAACUAUUAAGGCUGUAUGAAAAACAUUGGCCAAUUCUUUCUGUAUUCAGCAAGUGAAACAAAUGUAAUGCUGCCAGACAUAAUGUUAGUAAAUUUUUAUCCUCUUAAAAUAACAGUGUUUUGGGAAAGAGCAUAUGAAACAGUAACAUGAGUUUGCUCUUUAAGUAAUCACUUAUCAUGCAGUAGUUAUUUUGGAUUUAUUUCAAAAUUUACAUGGUAAGAGAGUAAAAUGUACAUCCUGACAGUAAGAGAGACUAUACCAAAUACUGUUCUGCUGGUUAUUUCCAAACAAAAAUACAUGCUUUAUAUGAACUGUAAAUAUUUGUUGAAACAAUUAGAUGGUUGAGAAUUUUGACCUUGGUAAAUAAAGUCGCCAAAAUAUAA